AUGGCCGAUAUAGGGCCUAAUCUCGUGAUGCCGGACGAAAGAGCUGCCGGAGUCAUUUCCGGUUCGGAUCCUUACAGAGAAUUGGAAUUAUAUUUGGAAAAAGUCAAUAUAUCUUAUAUCUCUUUAACUUGCUUAUGGAAACAAGGAAACGAAUGCGAACAAAAAAAAAUUUUUUUUUUUUUUUGCGUUUUUUGCGAACGAGCGAACGGAUGA